AUGCGAUUCUCGGCCCUGGGCCUGUUGGGGCUCUCUGGAGUACUGUCGGCAGCUGCAGUCUCCUUAGUCCAUGGAGAGGAACAAGAUUGGAAUCGAGACGAGUCCACUCAGGAACCCAACUUCUUGAGUUUGCGACCAAGUCUGGCCCAUCAAUACGAUAGUGACAGCAAUAUUCCCAAGGAGAAACAUUUCGCUUCCAUUACCACUAUGACGGUCGGUAUGUAUUUGUCGCACAUUCCGAUCCACAUCGUCGCAAAUGCUAACAUUAAUUUCUCCAGAUUCGCGAACGAGACCUUACCGGACGAAAAAGUCGCUCCUUACCUAUCCAACUUAAUCCAAACCUACCUUGCGACAAUGGACUCGAUCGGCGCCGAGACAUGGAUUAUGCAUGGAACCCUCCUCUCCUGGUGGUGGAAUAUGAAGAUCUUCCCCUGGGACAACGACCUGGACGUUCAAAUCUCGGAACCAACAAUACACUUCCUAGCCGAAUAUUAUAACUUCACCGAUCACCAUUUCGAAAUUCCCGGCGUGGAAGGUGGUCGCACCUAUCUCCUCGAGAUCAACCCCUUCUAUGUCGUCAAAAGCACCUUGGACAGGUUGAAUGUGAUCGACGGGCGAUGGAUCGACAAGUCAUCGGGACUGUUUAUCGACAUCACGGCUGUUCGCCCAGAUGAUGCAAAGCGCCAGCGCGGACAUUCUGAAGCAUUGAUGUGCAAGGAUAAGCACCAUUACGAUGAGAGCGAUAUCUUCCCUCUUCGCGAAAGCUACUUUGAGGGGGUGCCUGUCAAGAUUCCUUAUGCUUAUACCGAGCUGCUUGCUGAGGAAUAUGGUUCUUCGUCCAUGACCAAGACCACUUUCAAAGACCACCAUUUCAACGAUAAGACCAAAGUCUGGGAUCGUCUUACUUCAAAGGUGAAGCGCAUGCUUCGACGAGGCUGGCGUGGUGAUGACCUGCCCAAGAGAAGCCCUGGCACUGAGCCUGCUAUACGCAUGGAUGCCGUUUGA